AUGAAGUUCUGCGACCACGUGAGUAUGGAGAUCCUGUCCCCCCUCUUUGGCACCCUGCACCCCGGUUUCUACCAGGCAGCCCACAAGGACUUCAGCUACGAGCAUUGGCCACAGUCGCAGGCACACAUCCCCAGGGACAAGGGCGACUUUUACUACAUGAGGACCUUUUUGCAGGGUCGGUGGGCUGAGAUGCUUCUAGAUCAGUACCGAAAGAAGUCAAAGCUCUUCCAUACUACAGUUGUCCUGGCCCCACUAGGAGAUGAUUUUCGCUACUGUGAACGCAUAGAAUGGGAUCAUCAGUAUAAGAAUUAUCAGCUGCUUUUUGAUUAUAUGAAUUCUCAUCCUGAGUAUAAUGUUAAGCCUUAUGUUUACACAACACUGCCCUUUGUCAGAGUGCAACGUGGAAGGUUUUACUCAGACGUGACUUGCUUUUUGGAACAUGUUACCCAUAGGGUCCGACUGUACAACAUCCAAGGAAUAGACGGACAGUCUGUGGAAGUGUCCAAUAUCGUGGACAUCCGAAAAGAACAUAACCGUGAGAUUGCAAUGAGAAUUUCUUCUAGCAUAAACAGUCAAAACAAAUUCUAUACUGACCUGAAUGGAUAUCAGAUUCAGCCCAGAAUGACGAUGAGCAAAUUGCCUCUUCAAGCAAAUGUCUAUCCGAUGACCACAAUGGCCUAUAUACAGGACACCAAGCAUCGCUUGACAUUACUCUCAGCUCAGUCUUUAGGGGUUUCAAGUUUGAAAAGUGGUCAGAUUGAAGUUAUCAUGGAUGGAAGACUCAUGCAAGAUGAUAAUCGCGGCCUUGAGCAAGGUGUCCAUGAUAACAAGGUUACAGCUAAUUUAUUUCGACUACUACUGGAAAAAAGAAGUGUGAAUACGGAAGAAGAAAAGAAGUCAGUCAGUUAUCCUUCUCUCGUUAGCCACAUAACUUCCUCUUUCCCGAAUCAUCCUGUCUUUACAAUGACAGAAAAGAUCCCCGUGCCCACCCUUCAGCUGCUAGGUGAAUUCUCUCCGUUACUGUCAUCUUUGCCUUGUGACAUUCAUCUCGUUAAUCUGAGGACAAUACAGUCAAAGGUAUAUCCCAAAAU